AUUUCAAGUAUAUAAGGACAAGUUUGCCACAGACAAGACAUACUGUUCUCUUAUCGAGCAACCAGAAUACUCCACUCUUGAUCAACAUGUUCAAGCUGUUCUUACUAGCUGCUAUCUUAACUUUAUCUGCUGCUUCACCAGCUCCUGUAGCAGCUCCGGCUCCAGAACCUAAACCCGGCUCCAUUUUAGCUGCUCCGGCUUAUUCACCUAGCUACAUCGCCCCAGCCCCAGCAAUUGCUUACAAUGCUUAUACUCCCCUGACCUAUUCAUAUGGAGGCUACGCGCUUCCCUACUACAGGACCGGAUAUUUACUUUGAAUGCUGAUACCUAAUACAGAAAACUACGUACAAAUAAUGAACAUACUUAAAUACUGGUAGGAUUCAG